AUGCCUCUGAAAGACUUGCUCAAGAGGAAGGACAAGAUCGAUGACGAUGUCGGCCUCCAUGGCGCCUCUCUGCCUCAGGCGAAUCAAUUCACCUUCGUUCGUACCGACACACACACAGAAGAAUAUAUCAAUCCACCUGGGUUUGAGAACGAUCGGUACUUUGCUGCAGGCGGCGAACCAAAGAGUCCUUCCUCGAGACGCUCAUUUGGUCGAUUUCGAAAAAGCCAGAGUCCUAGUGCUGCCGACUUGUCCUCCCCAGACAAAGAAAAGAAGGAACAUCGACGACUGUCAGAGCGGCUGCAUCUGAACAGGGACCGCGCCGCGAGCACCAGCUCUGUCAAUCUGCCUUCUGACCUUCCUGACAUUGCUGAUGCAUAUUCUGAAUCUGGUGAUCGUCAAGAGACGGAGGCCAAGUGGGAGGAACGUGCUACCAUUCUAGCCAGCAAAAGUCCCGCCAUGCCGGCUCAUGCUUUGACAGGCGAUCUAGAGUCUCUCAGCUUAGGACCCCCAGGUCCACCUUCAUCCCGCCCUCGAAGUAUCAACGACCCAGAGAGUGACAUUGACAUCCAGAAGGCCAUUCAACUCCACGAGUCUGGUGAUCUCAGGGAGGCAACCCAAAUGUUCCACCAACUUGCAGAGUCCGGAAACGUCUUAUCCCAGGUCCUGUAUGGACUGUCUCUUCGCCAUGGAUGGGGAUGUGAGCCUGAUCCCGCAAAGGCAGUUUCCUACCUGUCGGCAGCAGCGUCCAACUCGGCCACCAUCGAGUCCGAUGCUCUAAAGGCUGGAAUAAAAAAGGGAGGUGCUGCCAAAGGAGAACUUGUGCUAGCAAUCUUCGAGUUGGCAAACUGCUUCAGACAUGGCUGGGGGGUUCCGGUCGACAAAGUUGCAGCAAGGCAAUAUUACGAGACAGCGGCAAAUUUAGGAGAUACGGAUGCCAUGAACGAAGCUGCUUGGUGCUACCUUGAAGGAUUUGGAGGGAAAAAGGACAAGCCCAACUACCGCAUGUGCCUUUGA